GUUUUAACAGACGCACUCGAGAUAUGCAUCUCUGGAGUGUGUAAAUAUAUAAAAAUAUAUAAACCCGCCUGUGAUAGAAUUCCUUGAUAGUUGCAAAUACUUGUGAAUAUGAUUGGAGUCUCAGUGCUGUUCGCUCUCCUGUCCGCCAUCGUGGUCCAUGCUGCACCGCCACUUGAGAACCAAGCGGCGGAUCUUCAUCGUCUUAGGCUUCAAAUUAAAGCUUUGAAAGAAACCAGCACUGUGCUGGAUCUCAUCCGAGCUGAGGGGUACCCAGUUGAAAAUUAUUAUGCUACUACUUCAGAUGGUUAUAUCCUGAAUAUUCACCGGAUUCCUCAUGGAAAAACUGGAAAGAGAAAUGGAAGAGUAGCUUUUCUUCAGCACGGCCUACUCGCUUCUUCUUCAGACUGGGUGAUCGCUGGUAGUGACAAAGCUUUGGCUUACGUUCUUGCCAACGAAGGAUACGAUGUCUGGAUGGGUAAUCUUAGAGGAAACAGAUAUUCCAGAAACCACACAACUCUCAAUCCAGACAAAGACGCCGAAUUCUGGCACUUCAGCUGGCACGAAAUGGGAGAGACUGAUCUGCCCACUAUGAUAGAUUACGUUCUGGAACAUACAGGAGCUGAUGGAGUAUACUAUGUUGGUCAUUCACAGGGUACUACUACAUUCUUCGUGAUGGGAUCAGUGAAACCGGAGUACAACAGGAAGAUCAAAGCGCAUGUCAGUUUGGCUCCUAUUGUAUUCAUGAACCACAUGACCAGUCCUUUACUGAAAAUGGUUGCUGCAUGGCACGGUGUACUUACGGGUCUUUUUGAAAUGAUAGGUGUAAACGAAUUCUUACCCAGCAGCAAAUUCCUGAACUUCACCGCGAACUUCUGCUCUCGUGGACUCACUCAGAUUCUAUGCGAAAAUUCCCUGUUUGCUCUCUGUGGCUACAGCCCUCAAGAAAUGAACAUUACCCUGUUGGCCACUGUGAUGGCCCAUACGCCAGCUGGAGCAUCUACAAGGCAGAUUAUGCAUUACGGUCAAGGAAUCAGCACAGGCAUCUUCCGUCGCUAUGACUUUGGUUGGAAGGAGAAUCGAAAGAUCUAUGGGACUCUCCACCCACCAGAAUACGAACUACAACAUGUUACUGCUCCUGUGUACUUGAUCUACAGUAAAAACGACUGGCUAGCAGCUGAAAGCGAUGUGGAAAAACUAUACGCCAGACUUGGCAACAGCAAGGGAAGAUUCUUGCUCUCGGAUUACUCGUUUAACCACUUAGACUAUACUUUUGGUAUCAAUGCUCAUAAAAUUGUGUAUCCAAAGGUCCUAAGCUUAUUCGGUAGGCAUUAAAUGUGAUAUUUUUUAUAAUAUGAUGAAAUUUUAUUUAUAUCGCAGUAUAACAAACUUUUUAUAAGACUGAAAAGUCCCAAAAAACUAUCACAAGGUCUCACAUCUAAGGCAAGGAAGUAAGACUUACAUUUUUUGCACUGAUCUUAUUUUCUACAGUGAGUGAGGUGUAUUAAAAAUGUGUAGUUGUACUUCAAAUUUCCAAAAUAACUUUUGAUCAAUUUU